CUGAAUGCAUCAAUUAUCUCACAAACAACGAGACUUCAACAAGAAAGUGUACAAAAUGCAUGGAUAUGUUUAUAAACAAUGAAGGAGAAUGUGUAAAAAUAGCGAAGUGCCUUCAAGGGGUCGGUGAAAUGUGCACUUUGUGUGAAAAGAAUUACUUGGUGUCUGAAGGUCGAUGCAAGCCAUGUGAUGAUGUUGUAAUUGGGUGUAAGACAAGUUUUAAAAAUGAAUGCACUUCGUGCGCAGAAGGACAUUAUCUUGAUUUAAACAAACAAUGCAGCAAAUGCUCGGUGGAUAAUUGCUUUUUGUGUUCUUCAGAUGGAACUUGUGACACGUGUGUAACCAACUUUACAAAGAAAACAGACUCUUCUAAAUGCUUGUCAUGUUCCUUUUUAAAUGGGUGUAUUUUGUGUGAUAACACAAUACCAAACAAAUGUUUGUUGUGUGCCCAAAAUUACUUCAAAAAGAAUAAACUGUGUGAGUCAUGUUCAACUCUCAAUAAAUGUAUAAGCUGCUCUGAUGAACUCACGUGUUUGCAUUGUGUCGAUGGAUAUUAUCCAGACGAUGGAAAGUGCAAAUCGUGUCUCACAAUCAAUGGGUGCAAAACAUGUUCGUCAACAUCAAAGAAAUGUCACACGUGCAAAGAUGGGUAUUACCUCGACAACGAGUGUAAAUUAUGUAACAACAUUUUUAGUAACUCUGCCACGUGUACAAUGAAAAAGGUGCUUUCAUGUCAGCCACACUACUUUUUGAAGAACAAUCGAUGUGUUGGGUGUGACGCACUAUUUGGUUGUUUACAAUGUGAAAAUGAAACGACGUGCACAAAAUGCACUGAUGGACUCAAUUUGUACAACAAUGGAAGUACUCAAAUAUGUUCUCAAGAUUGUGACAUUGCAAAAUGUGUUAAAUGUGAUAUCAAUAGAAUUUGUGAAAUGUGUGAGAAUCCGUACACUCUCGACAAAGCAACUAACAUGUGCAAAAUGUGUUUCGAUGAACAUCAAAAUAGUGGAAAAUGUUCAACAACAGAAAAUACCAUUAAAAAUUGUGAGUCAAAAAGAUUUUAUCUGGAAGAUGGUGUGUGUAAAAAAUGUGACACAACAUUAAGUAACUGCGUUUUGUGCGACAAUUCAUCAACUUGUAUAUUAUGUUUUACUGAAUUUAUGUUGGAUGUAAACAAUAAUUGUGUUGCAAAAACAACUUCGAUGAGUAUUAAAAAAGCAACAAAUUGCGAAUCAAAUCGACAGAUAUUGGAUACUGAAGGAAAUUGCGUUGAUAUUUUAGCAGAUGAGUUCAAAGUGUCAGAUAGUGUCGGUAUGAAGUGUUCCAAUUUGUUUUAUGGGUGUUAUUCAUGUGAUUACAAACAACUCGAUUCAACAAUUGACAUUGACAAUUUGGAGUGCUCUGCUUGCCAAAAUGGCAUGGCAUUUGAGUCUCGAGAACACAAAAAAUGUGUGACAACAACAAAUUUGAUAGACAGUGAGGGAUAUAAAAUUGAGUGUACUACGGGAUGUUCGACUUGUACGAACGGAACGAAUUGCCAAUAUACAAACUCGUUUGAGCACACGGCUCGUUUAGAUGCAAAAUUAUCAUAUGAGAACCACAAAUACUGUCAGAAGUACCAACAAGGGUUUGGGUGUGUAGAAUGUUCCAACUCGAUCAACUUAAAUGGAAUUUGUUCCAAUAUGGAACGAACACAAAAAUGUUCCUUUUAUUUGGAAAAUGACAACACUUUCGAGUGUAAAACAUACAUCGAACCCACACAAACUAAAACAUUUACAACAUUAAAAAGUGAAGAUGUUGGAUGUGAAGCGUUAUCGAAUGGACUUUGUAUAAAAUGUUAUUCUAAAUACUUUUUAAAUAAAGAGUAUCCACCACAAUGUGAGUCCUGUGGAGAUAAUUGUCUGACUUGCACAACACCUACUACAUGUCAGUUAUGUUUGAAUGGGUUUUCUCUUGUUAAUGGAAGUUGUGUUUCACUUUCAAAUUGUUUGGUUUCAACGCCAAGUGGAUGUACUGUGUGUAAUGAAGGGUAUUACCUAUUACUUGGGUCAUGUAAUAUGUUAAGUGAAAUUCACUGCAAAUCCAUUGUUAUUACAACAAACAAUGAGGUGCAAUGUACGUUGUGUGAAGACGAAUAUAUAAAAAGUGACACACAAUGUGUUGAUAUGUCGACUGUGCAUUGCCAGAGCGUCGACUUAUCAACUUCAAAAUGUGCAAUUUGUGAAGAGAAGUACAAAUUUGACGAAAACAAAAAGUGUGUAUCAAUGGAAACAACGCAAUGUUCAUAUUCAUCAUCAAGCGAUUGCCUGCAAUGUGACUCACAAAUCUCACUUGGAACAUCUAAUGAAGGCGAAUCAAUUUGUAGCACCGAAGUAAAGACUGGGUACUGCAAGGAAAACAGCAACACGGGGUGUGCUAAGUGCUAUGACGGAUAUUAUCUGAGUGGUAAUGAAUGUCUUCCAUGUGAUAAGAAGUGUUCAAGUUGUUCUAAAAAUGCAGGAAGUUGUGUUACAUGUGCUUUUGGAUAUUAUUUUGACACAACAAGCAACGACUGUAUUUAUGUUGGCGAACUUGCUGAGAAGUGCAAACUGUUCUUACCAAGUGGUGUCGAUUGUGCUACAUGCAACGAGGGGUAUAUCCUCAUCAAUACAGAUUGUGUAAAAUGUGACGAAAAGUGUUCGAGUUGUGUUGGAAAUGUUUCGAAUUGUGUGAAGUGCAAUGUGAAAAAUGGGUAUUACGAAGACGUCGAAUUUACAACAAUAGAAGAUAAGAAGUGUGUCAUCAACACAACACUUGACAAUUGUGAAAUGUUUUCGGAGUAUGGGUGUGCUGUGUGUUAUGAUGGGUAUUAUCAAAACAAGUAUUACAAAUGCACAAAAUGCAAUGACUUAUGUGCGACUUGUUCAGACAAUAACACAUGCUCUAUAUGUGUCGAUCAAUAUGUUUUGAUAUCUAAAACAUCACAGUGUGUGAAAUGGAAAUCAAUUGCAAAUUGUAAGUCAUACAAUACAAAAACACAGAAAUGUAGUGAAUGUAGUGGAAGCAACAAAAUUGGACCGAAUGGAGACGAGUGUGUUCACAAGACAAAUGUGCUUGCAAUUAUAUUUCCAAUCAUUUUUGGUAUUUUAAUGGUUGUUCUUAUCAUCAUAACAAUAAGUUGUAUACUCUUCUAUAUUCAUUACAGAAAAGAAGAGAUGUUAAGGAAGUCACUUGUGAAUGAAUUUCUGUUAAAGGAUUUGAAAAAGAAAGGUGUUGAUAUGGUGUAUCUUGGCGCUCAAAAAGAACGUAUUUUGUGUUCAACAAAAGAAAUACAUUUUGAAAACGAAAUUGCAGUUCAAAAAGACAGCGAGUCCAAAUUUAUGAUUGGCAACGACAGAGCAUCUCUUUUAAAAAUUCAAUUCACAACACAAAACUACGAAGAAAAGUUUGAGUUGAAUGUUGAACCUUCCAUUCCAGUAAGUAUCAAGAAAGGUCGUGCUGUUGAAUUUACUGUUUCUGUUCAUCCACUGUGUACACUUGAGAAAACUGUUGACAUCACUUGUUCAGUCUUAAACAUCAACAAAGGCAAAAUAUCAGAAAUUAAAAUCCCAGUCAAAUUUGCGUCGGAAAUGUCGACAGCACUUGACCCGGACGAGUUGAAGAAAGAGCGAAAACUUGGAGAAGGAAGUUUUGGGAUUGUGUACAAAGGUACGUAUCGAGGGAAUGUUGUUGCCAUCAAAGAGAUGAAGGAAAUGGUUGUCGCCAAAUUAGGAGCAAAAGGGUUUACAAAGAAUUCGACUGUUGAAAGUUCAAAUCGAAAUUUGACAAAGAACGCAACGAAAAAUAUGACUAAAAAUAACACGACUAACAACUCUUCGAUGACAACAAGAGACAAAACAGCGGCUGAGAAACAGAUGGAUAAAAAGAUGGACGAAUUCAGAAAGGAAGUUGCGAUGUUGGCCAAGUUUGUGAGCCCAUACGUCAUAAGAUUCUAUGGAGCGUGUUUCAUACCAAAUCGGAUAUGUAUGGUCACUGAAUUGGCUAAACAUGGAAGUCUGCAAGACAUGAUGAAACAUAAAAAGUCUGACGAAGUUGUCAUGAAAAUGCGAAUUAAACUGAUGUUGGACACUGCCAAGGGAAUUCAGUAUUUACACGCAAAUAACACUCUUCAUAGAGACAUCAAGUCGGACAACACACUCGUAACUUCACUCGAUUUUAACGACGAGGUCAAUGGAAAAUUGACUGAUUUUGGAGCGUCGAGAAAUGUCAACAGUUUGUGUGAUAACAUGAUGUACACAAAGGGUAUUGGAACACCAAAGUAUAUGGCGCCUGAAAUCACCAAUGUUGAAAAGUAUACACUUUCAGCAGACGUGUAUUCAUUUGCAAUUACUGUUUUGGAAUGUUUAACAUGGAAAGACACGUUUGAUGAAAAGCUGUUUCCAUACAGUUGGGAUAUUACAAAUUUGAUUUCCAGAGGGGAACGACCGGCAAUUGAAUUGGGAGAUGGAGAACAGAAAGCUUUGAUUGAAGAAAUGUGGAAACAAGACCCCAGAGAGAGACCUGAUAUGGAUAGAGUCGUAAAACGACUAGAUGACAUAUAUGAUUCUGAAAUUUAA